AUGUCGACAGCGGGCGGCCCGGGAGGUCUGUCCGACAUCGCCGACGAGGGCCCUGAGACCGAGACAGUGUUAGAGACCGGUGACAAGGCCGAGGUUGUGACACCGAGCGCACACAUCAUUGCGAAAUCGUCGCAGCGUGGGAGUGGGCGGGCAAGGGCAUCGAAGCGUAUUGCCGUGCGGGUGUCAGGCGUGACGACAAGCGUCGACGGGUCACCGGGCUCGUUGACCGGCUCGCCGGGUCUGCUCUCGGUGCCUGGCACGCCUCCGGCGGCACGGGCUGGAUCAGCGGACGGACGGCCGCGGACCGGGCCGCGCAGAGUGCGGCGGCGAAGGUCGCGGUCGCGGUCGCGGUCGACGUCGACGUCGACGUCGAGACGGAGUCCUGCAGUCGGCAGUUGCCGCGGUAGCGAUGGCGACAGGAGCAACAGGCUUGCCCUGCGAUCGGCGCCGGUUUCACGGACGACCUCGCCUGUGGCGACCGACUUUCAGGGAGCGGACGAUGCAGACGUGCCCGAUGCGUCGGACGGGAUGGGUGCAGGGCUGGAUGUGCAGGUGGUGGCCCAAGGCGGUGAUUCGGGCGAGGCCAGCGGAUGGUCGUCCGACUCGGCGGCGCACGCAAGCGCGUCGCUUCGGCGGUUGUCACUUCCGUCUCCGGGACUGGACGAUGUGCUGGCAAAGACGGCAGGUGCUGAGCUUGCUGGUCACAAGACAGGCACAGACGGCAGAGCAAAGGGCUGCACAAAGGGCGGAGGCAGUAAGCGGCCGGAGUCAGCCGAUGCUGGGAUGGCCAAGUCGAAACGGGCGUCUAUCGACGUGGGCGGGCUGCGGAUGAGCGCAGCGCAGCACCGGGUGCGGCGCAAGCGGCGAGCACAGUCGACUUCGGGCGGGCCGGCUCUUCGCGUGCAGACCAACUCGAGCGCAGCGUCAAGCGCGAGCUCGUCGCCGCGGGAGACUUGCUCGAUUGGCGACAAGAGUGUGCCGUGGCGGCGCGGGCGGAUGGCCAAGUUUGUGUGUGUGGACGCUGCUGACGAGACCCAGGCGCUGGUCACCAUCCAGAACGGCAUGUUCACGCUGAUGAAGAUGAGCAACGCCGAGGUGGUGGCGACGCCACUCGCAAUCGAGCAGUUUGUGUCGUUCAAAGUUGAAGCGCAGGUGUUUGCGGUGACGACGGCCGAUUUGUUUGGGCGGAUCAAAACACUCUCGAUCCGCCUUUUGUCGGCGAGCGACGCCAAGGCACUGUUGUCAUGUGUCUCGGAGAUCCGUGUGGAAGAGGAGAAGCUCCGCAACCGGCACGUUUCGUUUCUGCCCGAAGUCGAAAUCAUUUUUAUCUCGCAGCAGGAGGCGCCGCUGACGUCUGCGGCACUGUACUGGCAGCGGCGGGCUGUGAGCCGGUCUCGGACGGUGAGCGCACCGAGUUCGGUAGCGCGCCCGCCGCGUGAGACGUUUCGGUCGCCGUCGCCGCCGGGAGGUCGCCGCCAUGGAAAAGCGUCUGCGGGCGCGACCACCGAUGAGGCGCCGUACAUGGGCCCGCCGCUCGACUCGUCGUUGAACGGCAAGGCAGUUGUCCGCAAGCGGCGUAAGCGGCGGAGAGCCGUGCCUGCCAAGAGCCCGGUGGCGGCAGACACACCCGAGCUCGACGCAUCUGCAGUCGACUCAGAGUUCCUGCGAGUCAGCUCGGAGGACGCCAUGGCGCACGCAGCUUCAAAAGCCGCAGAGACCGCGCGCGAGGUGUUGGCAAUGCAUGACGACGAGGCAUCCGGCGACUCCUCGUUCUCCUGGUCCUCAUCGGAGAGCCGCAAGCUAAGGGAAACGAGGUCGGGGGAGAUGCACCAUGAGGCGAAGCCGGUCGAGCCGCUCUCGCCGAACUCGCCGCACGCCUACUCUGCGCCGGCCGGUAUGCUUCCGCAACUUGGCUCAGACUCGGGCGCAUGCUCCGGCUCCGAGUCGUUCUUCUCGUCGUCGCAGUAAAUCAGGGCGCUAUGUG